AGUAUGCGGAUCGAAAAUACUGAUAUUUGAUUGGUUAUUUUCAGGUUAAUAUGAUAAUCCAGUGCCCCUUUGACACAAGCUUUGCCACGAGGUCAAUUGCUUUAGAAAAAUUCGAAUUUUGAUUGGUGCAUUUUGAUCCGCCGAUUAUCAAGCUUUCGGUAUAAAUACUCUAAACAUUCAAAGAUUUUUAUCUACACAUUCAGGUAGUAAACAAGCAAACUGUAAGACAAUGUCUGGUCGUGGUAAAGGCAAAGCUAAGGGCACCAAGUCCAAGACCCGCUCAUCCCGUGCAGGGCUUCAGUUCCCCGUCGGUCGUAUCCACCGUCAUCUGCGCAAAGGCAACUACGCCGAGCGUGUUGGUGCUGGCGCUCCGGUCUACUUGGCCGCCGUGCUCGAGUACCUGAGCGCUGAGAUCCUCGAGUUGGCCGGCAACGCUGCCCGCGACAACAAGAAGACCAGGAUCAUUCCCCGUCACUUGCAGUUGGCCGUCAGGAAUGACGAGGAGUUGAACAGGCUGCUCCACGGUGUCACCAUCGCUCAGGGUGGUGUGCUGCCCAACAUCCAGGCCGUGCUUCUGCCCAAGAAGACGGAGAAGAAGGUCAAGGCAUAAGCAGUUUCU